GUAAGUAUUAAGCCUGCAUGCUCGAACUUUAAAUUCUGUUUUCAUUAUAAAAGAUGCACUCCCUGGGGCGUUAUGUUCUUAUACUUAUGUUGAACGCAACAGAGUACCCAAAAAAACUGUGCGGCAAAAACGUUUUCCGGUUCUUGAUUCGCUUGACCGAAGCUCGCAAAUUUAAACAGCGCUAUUACGGCUUUAGUCCACUCUGUGCACCGACUCUUGAUUACCACAUUUGUACCGCGCACCGACGAUACCUGGCUUCCACUAACAGUGCGAAAUGUUCUCGUCUUUGCGCUGAUGCCGUAUAAAGCUGCGCUUAUCGCUGUCGUAAACAAGCGCAACAGCUUUAAUGACCAUAAGAUUGCAGUAUAUUUAUCGCAAUCUUCUAGCUGCCAGGUUUUAUGCGCAGUGCAAUUUGUACUUAUGGAACGCUAUGCUAAACGAGAUAUUCAUUCUGUAAUCAUCCCUGUAUUGCGGAAUUUCUUAAUGUUCUGACACUGAAUUAUAUAUUCCCAUGAGCAGCUCGACGCACGUGCCACCUGUUGAUAGCGAGAAUGCCAUUAAUGCGUCGUCCGAUCCGCUCGAAUCAAACAAGGUUUUCACAAUAUUCAAAUACGAGGAUGUACCGUGCGAGGAGAAUUUGUGGUGGUUGUUCCUUCUGUCCUGCGUCGCCUUCCCAACCACUAUGUUACUAUGCCUGGGAACAUGGCGAUGUAUUCGGCGGUUGGUGCAGGGACGACAUCCUCUGGGUUACCAACCGGUUAACAUGCGCGUACAACCAACCCUGUCCCGCUCUAUGACCACCCUUCUCGGCGGAUCGACAAUGCUGAAUGCCGAUACUUUCAGUAUUAAUCGAGAUGGGAGUUUUAUAUCCCAUCCAAAAAUUUCCGUUAUUGAUCCAUCAGGUCAUCUCAUUAUGCACGAGCCGGUACUGGAAGCGCCGUUACCGGAAAUGCACUGGUCAACCACUAUUCAAAAAACGGCAAGCGAAAUUGUGUCCGCUCAAAGCGUCACCGGAAAGAUUGCGGUUGUCAUUAUGUUCAUCGUGAGUAUGGUUUCACUUGCCUUAUAUUUUCUGGAAGUUACGAAUUCGCACAGUAUGGUAAUGAUAUGGGAAAAGUGUGCUCCCUGGACAACACGCCUGGACUGGCAACUGGAGUUUGUUUGCAGUGUCUAUUUGUUGUUGGAUUAUUUUAUACGAUUUGUUGCCUCGAGUAAUAAACUUCGCUUCAUGUUUGAAGUGUUCAGCCUUGUGGAUUAUUUUACUAUUCCACCGGCAUUCCUAGUGAUUUUUCUCAAUCACCACUGGACAGGACUUCGUUUCCUGCGAGCUCUAUAUGUGAUAUCCAUACCAGACAUUUUGCAGUAUUUCAGUAUUUUAAGGAGAAGUGCCCAUAUCCGUCUCGCACAAUUGUUAUGUUGGUUAUCUGGCGUCAUAUUCGUCAGUGCCGGCUUGAUCCAUAUGGUUGAAACAUACGGCGAUCCACACCUGGAGCAUACAAACGCCGCCUUACGUUCGUAUUGGGAAUACGUUUAUUUUGCUGUGGUUUCGAUGAGCACAGUUGGCUACGGCGACGUCGUACCUGUGACAAGACUGGGAAGGUUUAUUACGGUUAUCUUUAUCCUCUUUGCAUUUACGGUAUUUGCGGCAUCAGUUCCUGAGUUGUACCGUUUUCUGGGUAGUCACAAACGGUACAGCACCAGCUACCAUAUUUCCCGCGGCGUCAGGCAUGUGGUUGUUGCCGGACAGAUGUCUGUCCAUUCCAUGGAGAAUUUUCUCCGUGUAUUCUUCAACACACAAGGAUACACCACGGAUUUGCAGAUAGUUUUUGUUAGUCGAGUCGAUCCGGACUUGGAAAUGGAAGCGCUGCUGAAGCGCAAUACGACCAGGGUGUUUUACAUCCAAGGCUCCUUAUUACAGCCGGAUGAUCUAGUUAAAGUCAAAAUCAAGGAUUGUGCGGCUUGUUUGCUGUUAGCUGACAGAAAUGCCAGUAACCCUACAGCCGAAGAUUCCCGCAACGUGAUGUCGGUUAUUUCCGUCAAGAACGCGUGCGCAGCAACACGGUGCUUGGUGCAGCUGCUACAAAGCCGAAGCACGACACAUGUGCGCAAUAUUCCCGGCUUUUGUGAGACCACUGGAGAUUCUGUGAUCUGCGUUAGCACCUUGGGAUUGGGUCUCCUUGCGCAGAGCUGCUUGGCUGCUGGAGCUUCGACUAUGCUCUGCAAUUUGUUCAACCCGGCAUGCCGAACUCAUGAUUAUGAGAAUGAGACUAUAAAGGAUUAUACGCGUGGAAGCCAAAUAACGCUGUUCAUGGAACAUUUGAGUGAUUAUUUUGACGGGAAAUCAUUUGUCGAUGCGGCAAAAACAUGCUAUUUAAAACUGAACAUACUGCUGAUUGGAAUACUGGAGCAUGAUACGGAAAGGCCAUCCGGAACGGUUUUGUUGAACCCGACCAUUGUGGUACGAACCGGUCACGUUGGCAUAUUUCUUGCCAAAUCAGCAGAAGAAGUCAGCAAAGCGUGGUACAUCUGCAGCCAGUGUCAUUCGGAUGUGACCAACUACCAUAUAUCUCACUGUGGAUGCGAAAGUAGGCAGCCGACGCCUGCUAUGAUAGCCGCAAGAAAUCCACUGGAACGUUUUCGUAAUUUUACAACCUACGGAAACUUCCGGUGCCGUAGCGGAACAACACUUCCUAAAGGAUGGGAAAAAGCUAUGAUAAGGGUGAUGCAGUCGCAUCCUUCAACGGCUUCGCUGCACAAAUCUUCCAUUGUGGACAAUCCAUUUGAACGUAUUCACCAUCUCGAAGCAAUCGAAGAAGAUGCGGAGCACGAGUUUCUCGGCUUGACGUUGACGGCAAAAAAUCAUAGCGAACCGGCGCUGACCAGUCAUACGUUUUCGGAGAACACGAUUAGUGCACAUAAAACGACAUCAAGCGACGAAUCCGUUCUGGACGUUACCAAAGCAUUCUAUUCCUGCUCUGCCAAACCGUAUAAAUCGGUUAUGCUGAGUCGGAGUAAGGCGGCAAAGCGAGGCUUCACCGAUCACAUUUUAGUGCUUGUUUUAGCCAAACCCAAUGAUCCGCCGAUUGGCUUUCAGGAUUUUAUUUUGCCAUUGCGUUCCACAAAGAUCAAACACGAGAAUCUCAAAGAAGUUGUCUUACUGGGGGAUCCAGAUUACCUAGAAAAAGAGUGGUACAAAAUCCGAAAUCUGCCAAAAAUUACUCUUGUUAAGGGUGAUCCACUGGAUCGAGCCGAUCUACGAGCAGUGUCCAUUAAAACGUGCGCCAUGUGCGUAAUUCUUCCGUCGCGAUCGGGCAGUUCAGAGGACCCGGUGCUGGAUGAUAAGGACGCCAUUCUGGCUUCCCUCAAUAUUAUGGCCAUGACCUUUGAGCGUUCUGACGCGCGCAGCCGGUCUGCGUCGGUUGUAACUCCUCUCCCAUUUAUUCGCAAGACAAUCAAGGAAGGCUUUGAAGUUCCUAUGAUUUGCAUUUUGUAUCGUGAUAUCAAUAUUCCGUUACUGGAUACCUACGAUCCGGAAAAAUUAACGAAUACGGAAGUGCUGUUGAUGGAGCCAUAUGUGUGCGGUUACGCAUUACCGCUCAGCGCACUGGAUUCCAUUUUGAUCAAGAGUUUCUUCAAUCCCUACGCGCUGGAGCUCAUAAAGGCGCUGCUGUUUGGCGAUAUGAGUGCGCUGACAGAAACCUUCUUGACAGAAGGUAUUGGAUUAAUCAGCGGUGAAGUUCCUGCAUCUGAAGCCGGAGUGACUGCCGGGCGGGCCGGAAAUAGCCAACUCCGACUGAUCAACCUAAUGGAACCACCAUUAGGUUACCGAAUUCCAGGAGGCUGGUCGUAUGGAUCCUUGUUUUCCGAAGCCAUUGCUCACGGUAUGAUCUGCCUGGGACUGGCCAGGAGGGUUUUCCCCGACGCAACGGGAUCCCGCUCUACUAAACGAUGUGUGAUAACAAGUCCACCGCCGACUUUUCAACUACGCUUUGAUGAUCUGGUUUAUGUUUUGUCUAGUUAAUUAGCCCAUAAUUUGGACAGCUUUAGAUUUCCUUGAAUUUGGUAUUUCUGGUACUUAUUUUAAUUGAGUACUAGUCCAGUUUUCUGUGGUGCAAAGCUGAAUGUACAGUACAAAUCGCUGAUAAGAAGGUCACAAAAAGUAGAAUAAAACUGACCC